UUGACAUUGAUAUUACUGUGAAACACUAAACAUUGAACUGUGGAACUAAAUUUACUCUAACUACAUUUUUAAGCUAGUUUUUAAGUAAAAUGUCUUUCUGGUCCUACCAGAUAAAAAGUGACUAAUUCAACCACAGUUACAAAACUUUGGUAACAUUUCAAUUAGGUUAUAGGUAUAGUUUAUCAUCAAAAGAUUUUACAUUACGAUGACGGACAAACAGAAAACCCUCGUUUGCGGUGAUGUCAAUGGAAAUUUCAAUACAUUGUUUUCCCGCGUUGAGUCAAUUGUAAAAAAAUCUGGCCCUUUUGAUAUUCUGCUUUGCGUGGGGAAUUUUUUCGGCGAUGACAACUCUCAACUUGAUGCAUAUAAGAUGGGUACUAGGAAAGUUCCUGUAACCACAUAUGUUUUUGGACCCAGCGAUGAGACCCAUGUUAAGUAUUAUUGUGAAGAAGGAAGUGAAAUUGUGCCUAAUGUUGUCUAUAUGGGUAAACGGGGUAUAUUUACAACCAGUUCUGAUGUAAAGAUUGCCUAUUUGACUGGUCUAUCACGGAGAGAACUGGGCAAGGAUAUUCCAAUGUGCUCAUUUGAGCCGAGCGAUUGUAGUGCAGUUAGAGACUCCUGUUUCCGAGGACAGAGUGAGUAUAGAGGUGUGGAUGUACUUAUUACAACUCUAUGGCCUGCCGGAAUUGAAAAGGAUGAUUGUCAAAAGAUGGAUGUAGCAAAAGAUUGUUUGUCAGAUUUAAUUGCUUGGUUAGCAAUGCAUAUUAAGCCAAGAUAUCACUUUGUACCUUCUACAGAUAAAUAUUAUGAAAGGCAACCAUACAGAAACCAAAGCAUACAUCAAGAUUAUCGUGAGUGUGCGACAAGAUUUCUAGGUUUAGCCCCCGUAGGUAACAAGGCCAAGGAGAAAUGGAUAUAUGCAUGCUCUUUGCAAGCUAUCAGUAGAAUGCGAAUGACAGAUCUCCUGCAAGCCACCACCGAUGAGACUGUGUGUCCGUACGACGUCGAACUAAUGAAGCAACAUCAGCCUGGUAAAGUUGUUAAGUUUUCUGGCAAUGGCCAAUACUUUUACAAUUUAGAUGCAGCAGACGAUGACCAAGGUAAAAGAAAAAGGAAAGGUGGCGAUACUGAACGGAAGCGAAGGGAAUUUGAUCCAGACAGUUGUUGGUUCUGCCUCUCCUCCCCUACCGUGGAGAAGCACCUGGUGAUAUGCGUGGGCGCGCAGUGCUACCUCGCCCUGCCCAAGGGCCCGCUAACUCCGUACCACGUACUCAUAUUACCCAUAGCUCACCACCAGUCUCUCAGUAAGGCACCCGACGAAGUUGUGAACGAGAUAAAGAAAUUCAAACAGGCAUUGAAAGAGUUCUAUCGUUCAAUGGACAAGUUGGUCGUGUUCUUUGAGAGGAACUAUAAAACAUCGCACAUGCAAAUACAAUGCGUGCCCGUGCCUACCGCCUGCGAGUCACAGAUAUUGGAAGUUUUUCAGGAUGAGGCGGGAAUAAACAGCAUACAGAUGGAGGUGUUGCCGCCAUACGCGGACAUCGCACAGGUGGUGUUGCCCGGCGCGCCAUACUUCCACGCUGACCUGCCCUCAGGGGAACAGAUAUUCGCCAAAACCAAGCAACACUUCCCGUUGCAGUUCGGAAGGGAUGUACUAUCGAGUCCUCCGAUACUGGACUGCGAGGACAAGGCGGACUGGCGCCAGUGCUUGCUCUCGCGCUGCGACGAGGACGCGCUCGUCGCCGCGUUCCGCAACAACUUCACACCGUACGACUUCACUGUGAACGACGAUACUGAUACUGAAUAAAUACAUUUUAAAUA